AUGUCUGUUAUGGCUGAGAUUUGGUUAAACGCAAUUAUUAGUAUUGGAAUAAAUGAACUGCCAGGUGUUGGGAUAAAUGGAUUUCCAGGUGUUAGAAUAAAUGAACUGCCAGGUGUUGGAAUAAAUGAAUUGCCAGGUGUUGGAAUAAAUGAAUUGCCAGGUGUUGGAAUAAAUGAAUUUCCAGGUGUUGGAAUAAAUGAAUUGCCAGGUGUUGGAAUAAAUGAAUUGCCAGGUGUUGGAAUAAAUGAAUUGCCAGGUGUUGGAAUAAAUGAAUUGCCAU